GGGGAGAGAUUCAAUCGUGAGAACGCCGCGGCGCGUGGCGUGGCGUGGCCUUGUCGAUCAACUUGCAAGCGCCCGAGACUCCCCGAGUGUACCGAGCAACCACCAUGGCCGCUUUCGUUAAACAAGGCAAAAAAAUCAUUGCUAUAGGCAGAAACUACGCAGCUCAUAUCAAAGAACUCUCCAACACCGCUCCCAAAGAACCAUUCUUCUUCCUAAAACCCACCUCCAGCUACGUCCAGUCUGGUGGUCAAAUUGAGAUCCCAAGAGGCGUUAUAGUUCAUCAUGAAGUCGAACUUGGGGUUGUCAUCGGUAAACGCGGAAGAGAUAUCACACAAAGCCAAGCUGAGGAUUACAUUUCUGGCUACGCGUUGGCUAUCGAUAUGACAGCUCGUAACGUCCAAGACGAAGUGAAGAAGCUCGGGUUGCCCUGGUCCACCGCGAAAGGAUUUGAUACCUUUACUCCCAUUGGAACUUUUAUCCCCAAAUCUGAAAUCCAAGACCCGCACGACUUACUACUGACUCUCACGGUCCGCUUCCUCUUCCCGUUCCCAAGCCCGUGCUCAGUUCAGUUUUUUCUACUCCAGAUCAACGGAACUAUUAAACAGCAUGGAUCCACGUCUGAUAUGAUCUCGAGAAUCCCAAGGCUUAUUGAACAUAUAUCGUCUAUCAUGACACUCGAGGUGCUCGCGCUUGGCUAUUUUUUUUGUUCGUCCGGAACUAAGCGUUACUAGGAAAACGAUCUUAUACUAACAGGUACUCCAUCUGGCGUGGGUCCUAUAUCCCCAGAAGACACAAUCGAAUGUUCUCUUGCAAGUCCUACAGGCAAGCUGUCGUCGAUCGUGUUCAAGGCUGUCGCCAGACAAGGAGGGUACGAGUUUAAGGGAAAGUAGGGAGGGGAAGGGGAAGGGAGUUACAUCCAGAAUUAUGUAGGAGGAGUAAGUUUUAGGCACAAGUUCUACUUGGCGGGUACGUGAAUAUAAACAACG